ACAAAUAUGUGUCAUUUUUAUUGUUUACAAAUGGCCAUAUGAUUAACGGUGUUGAUGGGGUUGAUUACGAUCAACCUCCAUGUGGAAAUUUUAGCAUAAAUUGGAAUAGUAGAAUUGUGUUCGAACAAUUCCUCCAAAUGGUAGGAUUAUCACUUGGUGUAGAUAUGAGUUCAAGCUAGAUAGAGAUAAUAUAUAGACACCCUAAUUUAAUCGCAUCCGGAACAGUAAGGUUUAUGUCAUUCCCUAUUUCAAACGAACAAGAAAUGAACACCAUGUUUUCAGUUGCACUGCCGUUUCCAAACAUGGUGCAUCUGUAUGUGACUGUGAGUAUGGUAGAUACUGUCAUAAACUUAAAUGUAGAACCGAGAUAUGUUGAAGAAUAUGUUGAUGUUGAGCCGGAGUCAGAUGCACUACCAGUGUGCCAUGAAGAAGAAAUGGUAGCUACGAACGAAUACACAGAGUUUAGAACAGAAACUGAUGACGAAUUUGAAGAGAUGGAUUUCGAUGGUUGUGAAUAUGAAGUUCCAUCUAAUACAUUCACUGAUUUAGACAUGAAUGCAGUAGAUGCCAUUCAAGAACACGAUCCAAUUAUAGUUCCAAUGGUGACUGACAACACCAAAUUGUACACCAAAUUGUACACGGUAUUCAACAAGCUGUUCCACGUGACUGUAAUACUGAACCACUGUUGCACAACAUUGACCUGAGGACUGCUGAUUGGUCAGAUAGAGUUGCUCAUUUAGUGAUGCGAUGGCAUAAUCGCAGAAGGUUUACUGCUACGGGACCUCCAAUUGAGCAGUUUGAUAUGGAUGUAACUCAAGAAUACACCCAUUGGUACAAAAACAUUAGCAAGCUCUAUAUCACCCAACUGGGAGCUGCUAUGAGUCAUCUGAGAUCAAACAAUAUUAGACUUCGGAAUGUUGCAGAUGAUCCACAACAGGUUCUAAAUAUAUGCAACGAUAACGAGCAGUACAUGGAGAACAUCCACUAUAUGUACGAUGUCCCUAUUGUACCUGCUCCAGUUCAGAGGAGACGUCCUCUAGUGCAAGAGCCCGAUCAAUUGGAAGAAGUUGACCAACACGGGGAAGAAGUGCCUCCAAUGACAGAGACACAAAGCGAACAUAAUUACGUUAGUCCAGUAAUGAUGAUGCCAACAUUUGAAACGACAUAUUAUGAUUCAGGAGUCGGUCAAUCGUUAGACUUUGGAAGAGGAUAUUACAAUUCAGAGGCAGGUCAAUCAUCAACGGACUUUGGGCAACAAUACUAUGAUUAGGGAGCGAUCCAUCGUCUUCAUACAUGCAUGGUCACGGGCGUGGUCGUGGAGAACAUAAUGAAUAUUUGUACUACGAAGUGCCUGCAGCGGUACUUGAACAAUCAGAUGAGCUACAACAACAAGAGAAUGCAGCAGUACCCGAGCAAUUAGAUGAGCAACAACAACAAGAGAAUCAGGAGGAAAUACAACAUCAGAGAGUUCAAAGUUGACGACGACAACCAGCUAGAAAUCGUCGACGUCCAGGUUGUGGAACACAUUGAUUUUUUUUUUCUUUGAAUGAAAAUUGUUAAAUUAUUGUAUUAAACAUUUUGAUUCAUAUUUAAUUAUUUUACAAUCAAAAGUACUUACUACAA